UUCUGCGUAAUGACACAAACAUCCUUCUCAAUUGCAAUAUAUCACACCUGAAGUUACAUUCCAUUUUCAUUUUUCCCAAUUCAAAUUAGGGUUCGAUCAAUCCAUUUGCUACUACAAGUUUUCAAAUUUCUAGCAACGAUCUCAAAUUAAAGUGUUGAUCGCGAAUCACCGAGGAUUACACAAAAGAGGAGGAGUGGGAAUCGAUGGCGAGUACAGCGUGCUUUCUAAUUGUCAGCAAACACGACAUUCCGAUUUACGAAGCUGAAGUUGGUACCGUCCCCAAAAAAGAGGAUGCUGCUCAUCAGCACCAAUUCAUAUUACAUGCCGCUUUAGACAUUGUUCAGGACAUUGCCUGGAAUACGAGUGCUAUGUUUCUAAAAUCAGUAGAUAGAUUUAAUGAUUUGGUGGCAUCCGUUUAUGUCACUGCUGGUCAUACUCGACUAAUGUUGCUCCAUGAUUCUCGUAAUGAUGAUGGAAUCAAGAGCUUCUUCCAAGAGGUUCAUGAGCUAUAUAUCAAGACUCUUCUUAAUCCUCUGUACCUCCCUGGAAGCCGCAUCACCUCAUCGCAUUUUGAUACAAAAGUCCGGGCCCUCGCUAGGAGAUAUUUGUGAAGCCCCCCUUCAAUUCAGUGGUGUAUAUGUAUUUGCUUUCAGGUCUGCUAUAACACAAAAGGUAUUUUGGGAACUUUUUGUUUCAAUCAAUGCCUCUGGUAAUAGUAGUAUUUUUGCUGAUCCUUUGAACCUUCAGCAUCACUUUUGUGUUGCCUGCGCUUCAAAUUUCCAUCUCUCUUCUUCUCUCACCAAUGUUAAUUUUAUGCUCUUUUCCUUUAGACUAAUAAUUUGAUAAUAUUAUGUGAGAAUCACUUUCUUGAAA